UCUUUUUAUUUAUUUUAUGUAAAUAAUUAAUUAACUUUUUUUUUCUUCUCCAUGGCCCUAAAUACUGGAAAUUGUACAUAUUCUUUUUCAAGAUUUCAUGUGCAAGCAAUAAAUACCAAAGAAAUUAAAGUGAAAACAAAAAAAGAGACAUGGCAAGGAAGAAGAGAGUUUCUAUUUACAACAAUUAUUGCAAUUGUUCAAGUAAAUGAUUCUCAAACUGAGCUUCUUAAGAGAUAUCUCAAGAAGUCAGAAGAGAACAAGACUAAGAAUGAUAAGGAGAGGUUGGAUAGUUACUACAAACGUAACUACAGAGACUAUUUUGGAUACUUAGAAGGCACUUUGAAGGAUAAGAAAGAGGAACUCACUGAAUCAGAGCAAGGCAUUCUUGAUUGGCUUGAAAAAAAUAAAUAAAUUUUAUCAAACUUGUUUCGAAGGCAUAUAAAUCGAUGACAUAUCGUGACUCGUGAGAUCUGAAAAGGCUAGAAUGUACGCAAACGUGUUUAUUUGCCUUCACAAUGAAUUGUGUAAACUACUUUGGUCAAUGUGGACAAAAAAAGUACUUAAAAAUAUUGGAAAAAUGUCUAUUUAUUUGCCUAACAUUUUCACUAUGUUGGUGAUAUAAACUAUGUUGCUCGGAUUCGUUUAUAGAUACACUCAGACAUUUUUAUAAUA